UUCCUGAAACCGGAUCUCUGUGUCAGAGCCGCCCCUGGGCCGGGCGAGCGCCUCAGCCAUGGCCCUGCGCAAGGAGCUGCUUAAAUCCAUCUGGUAUGCUUUCACCGCGCUGGAUGUGGAGAAGAGCGGGAAGGUCUCCAAGUCCCAGCUCAAGGUGCUGUCCCAUAACCUGUACACGGUCCUGCACAUCCCCCAUGACCCCGUGGCUCUGGAGGAACACUUCCGAGAUGAUGACGAUGGCCCCGUGUCUAGCCAGGGAUACAUGCCCUACCUCAACAAGUACAUCCUGGACAAGGUGGAGGAGGGGGCUUUUGUUAAGGAGCACUUUGAUGAGCUGUGCUGGACCCUGACGGCCAAGAAGAACUACCGGGUGGAUAGCAACGGAAACAGCAUGCUCUCCAAUCAGGAUGCCUUCCGCCUCUGGUGCCUCUUCAACUUCCUGUCUGAGGACAAGUACCCUCUGAUCAUGGUUCCUGAUGAGGUGGAGUACCUGCUGAAGAAGGUGCUCAGCAGCAUGAGUCUGGAGGUGGGCUUGGGCGAGCUAGAGGAGUUGCUGGCCCAGGAGGCCCAGGCCGCCCAGACCAGCGGGGGGCUCAGUGUUUGGCAGUUCCUAGAGCUCUUCAACUCCGGCCGCUGUCUGCGAGGCGUGGGGCGGGACACACUCAGCAUGGCCAUCCACGAGGUCUAUCUGGAACUCAUCCAAGAUGUCCUGAAGCAGGGCUACCUGUGGAAGCGAGGGCACCUGAGGAGGAACUGGUCAGAACGCUGGUUCCAGCUGCAGCCCAGCUGCCUCUGCUAUUUUGGGAGUGAAGAGUGCAAGGAGAAAAGGGGUACUAUCCCACUGGAUGCGCAAUGCUGUGUGGAGGUGCUGCCUGACAGAGAGGGGAAGCGCUGCAUGUUCUGCGUGAAGACGGCUUCCCGCACCUACGAGAUGAGCGCCUCAGACACGCGCCAGCGCCAGGAAUGGACGGCUGCCAUCCAGACUGCGAUCCGGCUGCAGGCCGAGGGGAAGAUGUCGCUGCACAAGGACCUGAAGCAGAAGCGGCGCGAGCAGCGGGAGCAGCGGGAGCGGCGCAGGGCCGCCAAAGAGGAGGAGCUGCUACGGCUGCAGCAGUUGCAGGAGGAGAAGGAGCGGAAGCUGCAGGAGCUGGAGCUGCUGCAGGAGGCACAGCGGCAGGCCGAGCGCCUGCUGCAGGAGGAGGAGGAGCGGCGCCGGAGCCAGCACCGAGAGCUGCAGCAAACGCUGGAGGGCCAAUUGCGCGAGGCGGAGCAGGCCCGGGCCUCCAUGCAGGCUGAGAUGGAGCUGAAGAAGGAGGAGGCUGCCCGGCAGCGGCAGCGCAUCCAGGAGCUAGAGGAGAUGCAGCAGAGGCUUCAGGAGGCUCUGCAACUGGAGGUGAAAGCUCGGCAGGACGAGGAGGCCGUGCGCCUAGCCCAGACCAGGCUGCUGGAGGAGGAAGAGGAGAAGCUGAAGCAGCUAAUGCAGUUGAAGGAAGAACAGGAACGCUACAUCGAGAGGGCACAGCAGGAGAAGCAGGAGCUGCAGCAGGAGAUGGCGCUGCAGAGCCGCUCCCUGCAGCAGGCCCAGCAGCAGCUGGAGGAGGUGCGGCAGAACCGGCAGAGGGCCGAUGAGGAUGUGGAGGCUGCCCAGCGGAAGUUGCGCCAGGCCAGUACCAACGUGAAACACUGGAAUGUCCAGAUGAACCGGCUCAUGCAUCCAAUUGAGCCUGGAGACAAGCGUCCCACCACCAGCAGCUCCUUCACAGGCUUCCAGCCCCCUCUACUUGCCCGCCGUGACUCCUCCCUAAAGCGCCUGACCCGUUGGGGAUCCCAGGGCAACAGAACCCCCUCACCCAGCACCAGUGAGCAGGAGAAGUCCCUCAAUGGUGAGGAUGAGGCCCCUAUCUUGGCUUCCACCCCUCAGGAAGAUAAACUGGACCCAGAACCAGAAAAUUAGCCUCUGCUUCCUGGGGCUGAGGCCCUCCAACUAUGAAACAGUCCAGAAUGGAACCUAGUUUAUUUUUUGCAUCGGCCCCAGGCCGCAGACUACUGAGGCUGUCUGGGAUGUUUAUUCUUGAGAACUUGACCCUGUGCCUUAACCCCAAGGACCCUACGUCCUGGGCUGGGAAAGAAUAAACAAGCAAGCCAGGGGCCAUCUGCCCCCAGACUGCCACCAAAUUGUGGAGGAACAUUUCCAAAUAAAAACUGUUCUUGGAGUGAA